AGCUUCAAGUUUAUAUAUUCCGGGAAACUGCCGGGGAGAGUGCAGUAUAUUCGUGGAAGAAACUUCCCAACGUGUUCAGAGAGUAUUUAGAAGUUGGUGAUCCUUUCUAUUGAGUUUAUGAGUUCUAUUGACUAUUAAUUGAAAUAUCCAACAAUAGAAUAUUUAUAACUCAAUCCACGGGGUCUAUUUUGUAGAGAAAAUAAAUAAAGUUUACAAGUCUAACUCAAACCCCAGCGCUGAAAAAUGGAAGAAGGAGGUUUUUAUCCAACGGGCAGCAGGCAGCGUGUACCGAGAGAUCCAUUUAGGGAUCAGACCCGAUUCAUGGGUGACGAUUUCGGCAUGUCACCUUUUCCCGACGACUUCUCGCUGGACUGGCCCGACUGGGCUCGUCCCCGGCUUGGCAGCCGCCUGGGCUCUCCCUGGUCGGGCUCCUUGCGCUCCGGCUUUCCCCGCGCGUACGCGGAACACUCUCCCGUGUACAGCGCCACGCACAGCGAGCCCCGCGGCGCGGAGGUCGCCCUUCCUAGCGACCCCUGGAAAGUGUGCGUGAAUGUACAUAGUUUCAAACCGGAGGAGCUUAACGUCAAAACUAAGGAUGGUUUUGUGGAAGUUUCUGGAAAACAUGAAGAAAAGCAAAACGAGGGAAGCAUUGUAACCAAGAACUUCACCAAAAAAAUUCAAAUUCCCAGUGAUGUGGACCCUCUGACGGUUUUCGCCUCCCUGUCCCCCGAAGGCGUCCUUAUAAUCGAAGCUCACCCGACCCCCCCGUAUUACUGCUUCAGUGAGGAGUAUCCCAGUGACGGAGGAGCGGAGGCCGAUUUCAAAAGCAAGGAGACGACCGUGGCUUGAUUCCGGGAUGGGGGGGCCGGUGUGGGCCCCCUGGUGGGGCCUGCAGGCUAGCAGGGGGGUCACUGCCCCCACUUAGAGACUCCCAGCUGAGUAGAUGAGUACAUGUCUGUCUGGACUUCGCCACAGUCUCGCCCGCGGCUCCUCAGUUUUCUGUACCAGCAAUCGAUGCACCCCCUACUGGCAGGACGGCAUGCUGGGGGGUCCUGGGCUCAAUCCACGCAGGCAUAGAGAUGGACACCUUCCCUUUGCAACAACCCUGUGAAAUCUGCCAAGGCUUCAUUUGCUUGAGACUCCUCUUCAGGCCUCUGCCUCUGUGUUAUUGUCCCUAUUUCAAUAAAUUUCAUGCAGCAUUCACACAGUUCAGCACUGUAUAAGCUCAUAUUUUAGUGGGGUUUAUUAUGACUUAUUACGGUAUAUCUUACUUAUGGUAAUGGUUGCAAUUCUGCCUUAUUUCUGUGUGUGAUCUAAGUGUACCAGCUCAGGUUAUUACACACUGUAUAUUCUUGAUCAGAUUGGUGGACCAUUUGGUUCAAGUUACUGUGGAGGUCUUACAAUUGGAUUUUUGGCUUUGUUUUUCUUUUUUACUGGACUGUGAUUACGUUGUUUUCUGUGCAGAGUGAAUGAUUGUUUUUUUGUGAGAGAUGUUUCUGUAUAGUUCAUGCAAUAAAAUGUUUUUCACUUGCACACCA